AUGACAGUUUGCAUGUCUCUGACAAGGUAGUACUGUUUGUUAUCUUCGAGCGAUUCUGACGGAGACAGAAGCGAGUCAGAACAAGUGAGAAUUUCCCCGUCUGAAAGAGAAGAAGCUUCCUUAGUCAUGAAGUUCUUCGGAUUCUUCGUGCUGCUGUUGGUUGUUUUGACUGCGAACAGUGUCUCGGGCCACCAUCAUCAUCGCGAAGUCCACGCGGAUGACAAGAAGAAAGGAGAUCCGGUGGACCAAGUAAAAAGAUACGCGCCGAGUGACGACAACGACAACGACAACGACAACGUGGUGCUCACCGUAAGUGAGAAGAACAAGAGAAGCCCGAAGGGCGAGGAAACGAAGAGCGGUGUACCUUUCAGCGAGAGAAGGUUGGAGAAGAUGUUGGAGAAGGCUAUCCUAAAAAUAAUCACCGGCGAUUUGAGCACCGGUGACAUGUUGCUGCUGAAAAGUUUGAAUUACAGUCUAGAGGAGGUUCUGGCGAUUCGCGAGAGGGAGCUGAGUAAAAAGAAGGACGAGGAAUUGAGGAAAAAGGAGAACGCCAAGUCUUGGGCGAAAGUGUCGUACGAAGAUGGAGAGAAGAAGAGUAGAAAUUGGAGUAAAAAGUCCAUGGAUCGUUCCUCGUCGAGGAAUCCCGAUUUCGAGAACGUCAAACGAGAAGGUAAAAAGAAUCGUCACGUGGACAAAUCGUCACCGUCUUACAAGGACUUCGACUUCGAAGCGUAUAAUAAACAAGCGAUCCUCGAUUACGAGAAUUUGCCCUCCAACAUGGAGUUUCAACAGCCCUGGUCGGAAUCAACGGCUGUUGACUACGAAGAGGCUACUGAGACUUCCGAGGAACAGGAUGCCGCGAACAAUCUCCAUCGUGACUUUGACAAAGCUAUGGAGCCUCACGUGGUCUUCAAGAUCCGAUACGACGACUCUGAGUUCGACUCUAGCUCAGGUUCCGACGAAAGCAACAAAAAUCGUCUUAGAACGUUCAAACAUCACGCCUCCUCGACGAUACGGCACACGACUUCGAAGAAUGCUGGCAAUUCCUUUCAUGCGUCGACACCAUUACCGAUGUCUUCAACUACUGCUGCUACUGUUCCUGUGGUUUACCAACUGAGCAACACCAAUGCAAGGAGUAACUAUCUAACGAACAACGAUUAUUCUACAACCACGUAUUCGACAACAUCGAGUAGUACCACUACUACGGAGAGUACUGUUGCAUCAGACGAAAUGUUGGAAGAUAAAAAUGACACAGAUAUCGCUAGCGUUACGAAUACUACUGACAAAAUGGAAGUUUCAAAAAGUGGAGAGAAACUCAGUGAGAAUAAGAGAAUCAGUGAAUACGAGGGACUCGAAUGGGUCGAAGACGACGUUUACAGGGUAAUCCCUGAAUUUGUGGAUUCCCUUGGCUUCGAGAACACCGAAGAGAACGAGACGUCGGACUAUGAAGACUCCAGUCACGAUUCCCGACUAAAUUGGAACAUAGAAGAGUACGAGAAUGACACGUCGGGCUACCUAAACGACACUCCCGAUUCUGUCAAGCUUUUCGUGGCGAACAACAACGUGUCCUCUGGUAGCCUUCCAUUGGCCAAUUUGUCGUCCUACCUACAAUUAGCCAUUGCUCAUAGACGAGGCCAGGGUGAGAAAGCCAUCGAGGACAUCAAGACACGCGUCCUGGCCCUCACCGGAAGAUUCAACAACCUCAGCACCGACGCCAAUCAGGUUCAACGCGAACGGCUCGCUAUGUUUUCACCAACUUGUCAAAUUCCACGAAAUACGGAUCAGGACGCCUGGACGGACGCGUUCUCCAUGAAUAUGCAUUUUCAAUUGAACCUGACUUCUAGCGAUCACGUCGUCGCUGCUAAAUUACGAAUAUUCAAAUUACCACAGGAGAACGUGACGUCCUCCUCGGAAAGCACGUUCGACGAGGAAGAGGAAGACGAAAAGAAGAUUAGGAUAUCAGUCUACUAUUACACGAAAACCUUGAAGAGGCACCGAGCGAAGAAACGUUUGAUGGACUCGGUGGUGACGCCUCUUACAUCCAGAGGUACCCAUCUGGCGUUGGAUGUGAGGCAGGGUCUCCGAUUCUGGAGACUGAAUCCGCGGAACCCUCAUGGAAACGGAAGUAACCACGGCCUGGUGAUACAGGUUGAAGAUCAGGACGGCAGGCCGCUGAAACCGGCUCUAUAUAUUCAGCAACCGUCUUGCGCGGAUCAGGACUCAGAACAGAAGGCAUACCAGCGAGUACCUGCACUCUUCGUACGAGCCUGUACUCGUUACGUUCGCAUCGUAAAUGGAAAAAUGGAGACGUACGUCAACUGCAGGCAUUAGAGUAAAAGAAAAGAACACUUAUACACCGUGAGAAAGUAGACAAUCAUUCACAUCGCACUUCGCACUCUUCGAGACGAGAAUUUCUGCGAAGACUAUUAAACACCGUCCUUCAACGGUUGUUCGGUUCAAACACGCACAAGUGUGGAAUAUUUUUAUAAAAAGAAUAUAUUGUCACUGAGACGCGACUACACAUGCCUAGGUCAAUCAUAGUUACUUUGUAAAUUUGUUAAAAUGUAAAAAUCGAUGUAUAAUCGAGCCUGUUGAAUUCACUAUCGUGCUGAGCAAAAAUUUCAAUAUUUUUUAUACAAAAAUCGUAUCGACGAUUUUCUAGGAAUUUCUAUCCGCUAAGAGCGUGGAUCAUAUAUGAAAAUGAUAGACGCGCUCGCGCCAGUCUUAAUUAAUUAAUUUUGUGAAAGUGAUGGAGCGAAAAAAAGUUACGAUCGCGGUGAGAAAGCGUGUACGAACAGUAAAAGUUCUUUCAUAGACUGUUUUUUUAAUUUAACUUAAAGACGGGGUGCCGUGUUAUUUAAGUGCAGUAGCGGUAAGU